AUGUCGUCUUCAACAUCGACCGCUGCGAUGGCUAUUGAUUCACCUGCAGCACCCAAGCUGGACCUAGACAGUUUCAUUGGAACGGCACUGUCAUCAACGCCCGCAGAAUUGCACCCGUUCUUUGAAAGUUUCCGGUCAUUGUACACACGAAAACUAUGGCAUCAGCUCACUCAGAAGCUCUUUGCGUUCGUCGACCAUCCGGCUUCGAAACCAUAUCGAGUGAACGUAUUCAACAUCUUCGUACGGGACUUUGAGAGCAAGAUGAACCAGCUGCGGCUGGUGGAGAUGGGUGUCAAGGUGGCGAAGGAUAUCGAAAACCCACAAACGCAACUUACACAGCUGACCUCACUUCUGUCUCGCAUUCCUAUCCCUCCGUCUUCUUCAAUUGAGGCAUAUGUCCUCCUCCUCGCCACCAUCGCCCACACCAAACUCGUCUUCGGUGAUCUCGAGGGCACCAAAACCGACAUGGACGCCGCUUGGGAUGUGCUCGAUCGAUUAGAUGGCGUAGAGAACGGCGUGAGGGCCGCAUACUAUGGCGUCGCUGCCGAUUACUACAAGGCUAAGGCUGAAUACGCCCCCUACUACCGCAACUCCCUGCUUUACCUCGCAUGCGUCGACCCAGCGACUGACAUGUCCCCAGAGGAACGGCUGGCGCGCGCGCACGAUCUCGCUAUCUCUGCCUUCCUAGGCGAUACCAUAUAUAACUUUGGCGAACUGUUGAUGCACCCGAUCUUAGAUUCACUCGAUAACACGCCGUAUGCGUGGAUCAAGAAGCUCCUGUUCACGUUCAACGAGGGCAACAUCGGCAAGUUCGAAGCACUGGCGCCUCUGUUUCCGAGAGAGCGUAUACUGCAAGAGAACUACUCAUUCCUCCGCCAGAAGAUCUGUCUGAUGGCGUUGAUGGAGUCGGUUUUCAAGAGAAGCGCAAACAACCGAACUCUUACCUUUCAAACCAUCGCAGAGGAGACACGGCUGCCGCCAGACGAGGUCGAGCACCUCGUCAUGAAAGCACUCAGUUUGAAACUCAUCAAAGGAUCGCUGGACCAAGUGGACGGCAAGGCGAACAUCACAUGGGUGCAGCCGCGCGUGCUCUCGCGCGAGCAGAUCGGGGGGCUGGCGCAGAGGCUGGACGAGUGGGUGAACAAGCUGAACUUGGUGGAGCAGCGGAUAGCGCCGGAAGUGGUCGCGCAGUAG